AUGGAGAAUAUUAUUACAAGCAACACACCAAGAAAUCUUGAAAAUACAGUUGAUAUUAUUACUAUUAAUUUGGUCAUAUAUGGUGGAAUCUUUCUAUUAUUAAUUGGAAAUCUUGGAUGUAUUGGGAAUAUAUUCGUAUUUCGGUCACGAAAAUAUCGUGGACAAGCUUGUUUUAUUUAUCUAUUUUGGGAAACAAUUGCUAGUUUAUUCAUUUUAAAUUGUUUUCUCUUAACACGAAUAUUAGAAACUGGCUUUAACAUAUCGUGGCGAGAUACAUCAGAUAUAUUUUGUAAAAUUCGAGAAGGUCUCUCAUUAUUUAUGUAUCAAAGUGAGAAUACAAUGUUUUUAUUUGCUAUAUUAGACAGAAUUCUAUCGGCUCAACAGUCAAAUAAAUUACGACAAUGGAGUAAUCGUGUUUCUCUUGCUUACAAAAUGAUAACAGGAAAUAUUCUUGUUUGGUUACCAAUUACAGGUCAUCGAUUCAUUUUCUAUACAAAUGUAUAUGGAUACUGUUGGUCUCAAGAAGGAUUAUAUAGAAUUUUUGAUACUUAUCUGGAUGUAUCAUUUUCUGGAGUGGGUUCACCUCUACUUGUGAUUAUAUUAACUGUUUUACUUUGGUUUACUGUCCACAAUGUGAAUAAACGGCGUACUGUUCUUCUAAACCAUACAAGAAAUCAAGAUAUUGAUUCACAAUUAACGAUCAUGUUAUUCUUACAAUUGCUUCUUGCUAUUAUCAAUUAUGUUCCGUAUGGAAUUGGUUAUCUGUAUUAUAUGAUUACUUUUGAAUGGACAAAAUCAUCUUUUCAAUUAGCUGUAGAGCAGUUAUUCUAUACUAUCGACAACAGAGGUGGCAUAAAUGAAGAAAGAUUUUACGACACUUAUCUCGAAUUAGAAAGUUUAGAGAAAUUAUAUGCUUUGGAUGAGUGUGAAAGAAAAUCAGCAUCUUUCGCUUCUGUUGAGCUAGCCAGUUAUUUAGAUCAUGAAUAUUAUAAGUUAACUGGAGAGACCAAAACCACAAAAGAAUUAAUUCGAUCAGAGCAAGGUUGCUGUCGAGACCUGCAUCGUUGCGGGUGUAAAUUCGAUAAGAAUACAGCGAAACCAUAUUGGGCUGACCAUGAAAGACCUGACGUUGUCGAUGCGCGAAUAAAAUUUGUUAAAAAUUUUGUACCAAAUCAAGAUAAAUAUUAUCGAGUUGAAGAAGGAAAAGAUCUGCGAUGGAACAUUCCAAAGAAAAAUGGAACUGUUCUGAUAUGUCAAGACUUUUUCACACUUUUAAAAGAUAGAAUUUUUCUUUCUAUAGUUGACGAUGAAUCAUGUUUCAGAAGUGGUGAAACGUCUGCUAAACGAUGGUUCUAUUCAGGCGAUACUAUCUCGUUUUUCAACAGGGACCGGGGGCGUUCGCUGAUGGUAUCAGACUUUCUGAUUGCACAUCCUGAAAAUUCUUUCUUCCAGCUUUCUCAGGAUGAAUGGACAGCAGCUGUAAAGAAAUAUCCGGAAUUAAUCGAUGAUGAUGGAAUUCAAUAUAUCGAACGAUCAGUGUCUGGAUCGAUUCAGGUCGAUUACGGUGGAUAUUUUGAUAAUGAUGCGGUCAUUAAUCAAUUCACUCGUUUAUUCAAAAUGUUACCGUUCAGAAAAGCUUACAACAAUCGCAAGUUUCAUGUUGUUGUUGUUGUUGUUGGCAACGCUCGCACGCAUAGUACUAAACAAUAUUCUGUUGAAGAUUUUAGAAUGAAGCUCGGAACUCGAUGUUCAACUGAGAAAAUAUUCUACAGAGAUAGGCAUGGCAAACAACUUACCAUUGACUGCUUUUCCACAACUGGUGUAAACAAAGGGCAAUCAAAAGAUUUACUUAACUUGGCUAAGGAGUUGGGCAUUGACAGUCCACCAAAAGUAAAAUUAGAAGAGCUGAAACUUUGUUUCACUUUUCUUAUUCGUACUCGUUUAUACUCAUUAUUUCCUUGUUUAAAGGUCAGUUAA